AUGUGCGAAGAGCGCACUGUAUUGCAUAUCUGCAAUCCUCUAGAGAUGAUUCGCGAACCUAAAACCCCGGAUGACAGGCACCUGGUUGAAAAUGGCAUCACAAUCACUCCGGACCGUGCGGCGAGCGCACCGCUGUGUCUCCCAGUCCUCCCCCCCUUUCACCUUUCCCGUCUGCCCUCGGCAACCCGGUCGGUCGCCCAUAACAGCAACCCUCUGCGGGCUCGUACCUCAGCGAGCCAAUCAAACGACGCAGAACAGCUCGCAAAAUACCGACGGUCGAUCAUCUGGUCUGCAUGUGGGCUGCUGGCUAGUACCGCUGCUGUCUAUGGAAUCAUCAAGUCCGAUGUGUUUGGAUUGGAGGCCCUCGAAGCGGCCAAGGAAAACAAGUCAGUCGAGAGCUCGGAACAGCGGAAUGCGUCUCCCGCAAUGAUGAGCCCCAAGGGGGCAUUGAGGAUGGACGGACCGCCGGGGUUCCCGAGCGACGGAGGGCCUUCAGUGAUUCCGAUCCAAGGCCAGGACGGCGUUGACCAAAUCCCCACUGGCAAUAGCUCGGUGCCGUUCUUCCCGUCAACAAUCAGAUUGCCCCCAGUCGACGAAGAGGCCAGCAAGCAGCCCGGAGACACUCUUUCCACGUCGGAAGGAGAUGAGUAUCAACUUCUCGGGCUCGGCAUUCGAAGUGUCUCUUUCCUAUCAAUCCAGGUUUACGUUGUUGGUUUCUAUGUCGCCAAGGCUGAUAUCACAGAGCUGCAGCAGCGCCUUCUCCGCACCGCAAUCCACCCACCGACGGCUAAAUCCGAUGAUCUGGCGCUGAAUCCGCAACCUCCCUGGUCCCCCCUGAGCGCAAACAACUCCACGACCUCCUCCCUAGACCCAGAACAUGGCGACGCCGCUUGGACGGCCCUGCUCAAGGAGAACGGGAUUCGUACCGCAUUCCGCAUCGUACCCACUCGCAACACGGACUUCAUGCACCUUCGCGAUGGGUGGGUUCGUGGCAUCACGGCACGUGCUCAGCAAAAGCCCGCUGGCAAUGGACCAAGCGAAUUCCAGGAUGAAACAUUCGGAUCUUCUAUGAAUGAAUUCAAGGCUGUCUUCGGAGGUGGGCAACGCAAGAGCGUCCCAAAGGGCCAGACACUGUUCCUUUUGCGCAGUGCCCACGGUGCUCUGGAUGCUCUCUUCCAGCCUGAUCCCAAGCAGCCAAUUCAGUGGAUGGGCCGUGUCACGGACGAGCGAGUCAGCCGGUUGGUGUGGUUGAACUACUUGGCUGGCAAAAAGGUCUCCAGCGAAGGCGCUCGACAAAGUAUUGUCGAAGGGCUUAUGACGGUCGUUGAGCGACCGGUAGGAACGGUUGUACAGCGAGUGGUAUAG